AAUACGUUAAUCUGUAUGUUUAUACUUUCUGUAUCUACUUGUUUAGCCACAGACCCAUGCCUCAGCUCACCAUGUAUCAAUGGAAGGACAUGUGAGAAGGCUUCCGGUACAAACGGCUUCCGUUGUAGAUGUAAGGUCGGAUUCCAGGGACUAUCUUGUGAAAAAGAAUGUGAACAAAAGAGUCUCGACAUUCUUCUCAUAGAAGAUGUUUCUACAUCAAUCGGGGAAGAAAAUUACAAGAAAAUAAAGGACUUUGAAGUUGAAUUGGUCAGUGCUUCUCACAUCGUGUCCGAAACCGUAAAUGUGGCUCUGAUGACCUUUGCAGGAAAGGCAAAGUUGGUGUUUCCACUCAAGUCAUACCGGGACAACAAAACAGCUGCUGUUCAAGCAGUUAGCGUUCCCCAAAAUGAAGGCGGUUCGACGUUCCUUGGUGAUGCUAUCAAUAUGGCUGUAUCUGAUGUGUUUGUCGAGAGCAAUGGCGACCGCCCUGAUGCUGAAAAUGUAGUAAUCCUAUUUACGGAUGGCCAAAGUGGUAAAUCGUCUGUCAUUUCCAAGAACAUUGAAAGUCUUCAUGCAGAGGCAACUGUCUUUGUUGUUCUCAUGACCGCAGGAGUAAACAAUGCUACCAUAAGCAUGGUUCCGUCUCCUCCCUAUAAAGACCAUGUCUUCCUUUUAAGCAAUCCUCUGGCCCUUGAUAAAAUCAAGGAGAAAACCAUCUAUGAGAGGUGCGGAUUGACCAUGAUCUGAGAGUUCCGAGAAUAAACCUCAUGUAAGCCAUAA